UCAGGCCGGCGCUUUAUAGUGCGAGCCUGGGCGGCUCCGCUCGCUGUUUUUCCUCUGCUCUGGGUCGAGUCUUCUCCUGCUUAGCGAAGAUGCAGCUCAAGCCGAUGGAGAUAAACCCCGAGAUGCUGAACAAAGUGUUGGCCCGGCUGGGGGUCGCCGGCCAGUGGCGCUUCGCGGAUGUGCUAGGGCUGGAGGAGGAGACUCUGGGCUCAGUGCCAACACCUGCCUGCGCGCUGCUGCUGCUGUUUCCCCUCACCGCCCAGCAUGAGAACUUCAGGAAAAAGCAGAUUGAAGAACUGAAAGGACAAGAAGUUAGUCCUAAAGUAUACUUCAUGAAACAGACCAUAGGGAACUCCUGUGGUACCAUCGGACUGAUACACGCAGUGGCCAAUAAUCAAGACAAACUGCAGUUUGAGGAUGGAUCAGUCCUGAAACAGUUUCUUUCUGAAACGGAGAAGAUGUCUCCUGAAGACAGAGCAAAAUGCUUUGAAAAGAAUGAGGCCAUACAGGCAGCCCAUGAUGCUGUGGCACAGGAAGGCCAGUGUCGGGUAGAUGACAAAGUGAAUUUCCAUUUUAUUCUAUUUAACAACGUGGAUGGCCACCUCUAUGAACUUGAUGGGCGAAUGCCUUUUCCAGUGAACCAUGGCACUAGCUCAGAGGACUCCCUGCUGCAGGAUGCUGCCAAAGUGUGCAGAGAAUUUACCGAGCGCGAGCAAGGAGAGGUCCGCUUCUCAGCUGUGGCCCUGUGCAAGGCAGCCUAAGCGCGGCGGAGGGUUGUUCUCCCUUCCCGUCUGCGCGAACACAUCCCUGCCCAAGCAGUCUCCAGUGCUCAGUACUUGUAAACACGGCUGUUUCCUUCCAUCUUUCCCUCCCACUACACCCCUCACUAGUGGAGCUCCACUGGUGAGAGGCCAGGUUGGUGUGGGGGUCAGCUGUGAGCAUUUCCCCACUGUGUCUGUACCCUGACAUCUAAUGCUUUCAAUGGCUACUUUGGUUUGUGUCUGUAAAUUAAGGCCUUGGAUGUGGUUUGUUUGUCCUUAAGAGGAAUAAAACU